AUGUCAUUCAACCGCACUGCUUCACAAAUGGCGCCUUUGCUGCUUAGAAACAGCACAAGGACCGCCCUGUCUCGUUCUCUACGCCUCCCUAGGCAACUACCUGCCAUCGCUAUAUUGAUUCCGAACCGUUCCGUGUCUGGCGAGACAUCCACAUCCAACAACCAGACCAACUACCCGCCUCCAGGUUUCAAUGCCGACCAGGCCAAGAAGCCGCUCGCAGACCAGUCGAAGCAGUCAUCUUCCACAUCAGAUGUCAACAUUCCCGUGAACAAGCCCACUGCGCAUGCACCUACCAAGGCCUCGGAAGAGCAGGCUCUCAAUGAGCUCGCUAGUCAGAAAGCCGCUGCCGACAAGGCAGAAGAGAAGAAGUUGGAGAAGAAGAAGGAGGAAGACAAGAAGCUCACCCUUCGUCAAAAGAUUAUGAAGGAGGUUCACCACUACUGGGAUGGUACCAAGCUGUUGGCUGCUGAAGUCAAGAUCAGUUCCAAGCUGGCCUUGAAGAUGGCUGCUGGUUACGAGCUUACCCGCAGAGAGCACAGACAAGUGAGUGUGUCGAACAUAAUGCACCUGAUCCAUUCUGACAUUCUAUCUAGNCUACACCGUACCGUCCAGGAUCUUGGCCGUCUUGUUCCCUUCUCCGUCUUUGUCAUCGUGCCCUUUGCCGAGUUGUUACUCCCAGUCGCCCUGAAGAUUUUCCCCAACAUGCUUCCCAGCACAUACGAGGGCGCAAAGUCGAAAGAAGCCAAAGCCAGUAGUCUACGUGGUACUCGCAAAGAGGUCAGCAGCUUCUUGCGCCAAACUCUUCAAGAGACUGGCUUGCCUGUCAGUGCUGCCAACGCACAGAAAGAAGAGUUUACCGAGUUCUUCCGCAAGUCGCCAACAAAAGCCGAUGUCAUUCGUGUUUGCAAGAUCUUCAAGGAUGACUUGACUCUCGACAACCUGUCCCGCCCUCAACUUGUUGGUAUCUGCCGCUACAUGUCUUUGACCACUUUCGGUACCGAUACCAUGCUUCGUUACCAAGUCAGACAUCGUAUGCGCCAAAUCAAGCGCGAUGACAGGGCCAUCUCUUUCGAGGGUGUCGAGUCGCUUUCAGUGCCUGAGCUCCAGACUGCAUGUGCCUCGCGUGGUCUGCGCACUCAUGGUGUCUCUCCCGCUAGACUCCGCGAUGACAUGAACUUGUGGCUCGAGUUGCGUCUCAAGUAUGGAGUCCCAAGCACUCUUCUUGUUCUUUCCAACGCUUUCAUGUACACUCAGGGCAAGGACGUAGAGUUUGAUUCGCAGAUCGACGCUCUGCAGGCUGUCUUGUCCAGUAUCCCCGAGGAACUCUUCCACGAGAUCGAGCUGGAGGUGCACACUGCAGAGGGAGCUGCAACCAACAAGCAACGUCUUGAGGUUCUGCGUGAACAGCAGGAGCUUAUCGAGGAUGAGAACGAACAAAGUGAGAAGCAAAGCGAAAGCGGCAAGUCGGCUCGCGUUAGCGAUAUGGACAACAUUGAUGAGAAGGAGGACGAAGGCCGACAAGAGGAUGCGCUCAGACGUGAGCACGAGAGCGAGGUCCAGACUCAAGCAGGUGUUCCCAUGUCGUCAAUGGGAUCUCAACAGGCAUCCGAGACAAAGACUGAGGAGAAGAAGGCUUGA